AUGGAUUUCAACCUGCUGACGGACUCAGAAGCUCGCAGCCCUGCUCUGUCCCUCUCGGAUUCUGGGACCCCUCAACACGAACACAGCUGCAAGGGGCAGGACCAUAGUGACACAGAGAAGUCCCAGCAGAACCAGACCGAUGACUCCAACCCCGAGGACGGCUCCCUGAAGAAGAAGCAGCGGAGGCAGCGGACUCACUUUACCAGCCAGCAGCUCCAGGAACUGGAAGCCACCUUCCAGAGGAACCGCUACCCAGACAUGAGCACCAGGGAGGAGAUAGCAGUCUGGACCAACCUGACCGAGGCACGAGUCCGGGUCUGGUUUAAGAACCGCAGAGCCAAGUGGAGGAAACGAGAAAGGAACCAGCAGGCAGAGCUUUGUAAGAACAGUUUUGGAGCUCAGUUCAAUGGACUGAUGCAGCCUUAUGAUGACAUGUAUUCCGGCUAUUCGUAUAACAACUGGGCUACCAAAGGGCUUGCUACCAGCCCCCUGUCAGCCAAGAGCUUCCCCUUCUUCAACUCCAUGAAUGUCAGCCCCCUGUCCUCCCAGCCCAUGUUCUCCCCUCCCAGUUCCAUUGCUUCCAUGACCAUGCCUUCCUCCAUGGUCCCCUCAGCAGUGACUGGCGUGCCAGGAUCCAGCCUCAACAACCUGGGAAACAUCAACAACCUCAACAGCCCAAGCCUCAACUCUGCCGUUUCAUCCAGUGCCUGCCCUUAUGCCUCCACCGCCAGCCCCUACAUGUACAGGGACACGUGCAACUCUAGUCUGGCCAGCUUGAGGCUGAAGGCCAAGCAGCAUGCCAACUUCACCUACCCAGCGGUUCAGACGGCAGCUUCCAACCUGAGCCCCUGCCAAUAUGCCGUGGACAGGCCCGUAUGA